AAAAGAUAAAGAAAAAAAUUAAUGGCAAUAGUAGCAGUAUUCGUACAGCAAGUAUCGAGUGGUGGCCAAUGAAAAUAAAGCUCAGAACCCCACACCCACACCCACAUCCCACUCCACCAUUUAUAUUUCUGAGGAAUUCGGAAUACAUAUUCGGCACUCAAAUUGUUUUGGAAUCGGGACUCUCAAAUCUCAUACCCUCACCUCACUUUCUUCAUUCAUUCCUGCCACCGCAUCAACCUCCCUUAUAGGGAAAUUAAAGAAUGACAAGGAAGAAGAUAGAGAUAAAGAAGAUCGACAACAUAAGUUCAAGGCAAGUUACCUUCUCAAAGAGGAGGAAAGGGCUCUUCAAGAAGGCUCAGGAGCUUAACACUCUAUGUGAUGCUGAAAUUGCUCUCAUUGUCUUCUCCACAACCAGCAAGCUUUUUCAAUAUGCUACUUCAAGUAUGCAACAAUUAAUAGAAAGACGUAAUCAGCAUUCACCAAUUCAAAAAUCGGAUCCUCCAUCCGCUGUGCUGCAGGUUGAGAGUGGUGCUGCCUCCAACUAUGAUAUGCUGCGCAAGAAAGAAGAACAAAAGGCUCGUGAACUCAGGCAGUUAAAUGGUGAAGAUCUUCAAGGAUUGACACUAAACGAACUCAACAAAUUAGAAGAGCAACUUAUAAAAGGUCUCUCUAAUGCUUCAAAAGUAAAGGAUGAAUUAUUUACACAAGAGAUCUACACCCUUAAGAGAAAGGGAGCAGUACUGACCGAAGAGAACCAUAAAUUGAAACAGAUAUCAUCAAGCAUUGCAAAUGAGCAAAGGAGUUCAUUUAAAUCCAUUGUCUGCAAUUCAUCUUAUCUUCCUGAAGAAGAUCAUGGUAGAGACACAAAUCUAAAGCUGGGGUUACCUUAAACAAAAUAUUAAAUUAUGUGGAAGAAAUGAACGGAUUCACUUUCUUUCUGCCAAUGCAAUCCAAAAAGUCAAAACAAAUUUAAUCUUGUACUAUUAUUUACUGUAUAAAAGUGAGGCCUUCCCCCCUUCUUUGGUGCAAGUGUAAAAGUAUUCAAGUAUUCCAAAUAAGGUUUUAUUAUUUAAAAUUUAAGAAUUAAGCCUUUACAUUUUGCAAUUGAAUUUCUAGAUCAAACUUACCAA